CUGACAGUGAAACUGAAAUCUGAAAGAAAAAUGGAAGGUAAAAAGUUGAAGGAAGAUCAUUCCAAAUAGAUUCACUGGCGUAUUUGAAGAUGCUGGAGCAUGAGGAACCCUUAAAGAAAGGAAAGAUCAGUCUAUUUGUUGAUAUUCACAAGAAUUGUCUUCAGUCAUGGCUUUGGGAUUAAAGUACUUCCGCUUCAUCCAUCCUGCCUUUUGCAAUUACCUUGCAGCCUUGACCAGACCUGUUUCAGAUAUUACACUGAAGACAGUGAGUGGAAGACAACACGAUCAUAGGCGAUACAUGGCCUAUUCAACUACAGCAGUUCGCCACUUUGCAACCAAGAAAGCCAAAGCUAAAGGAAAAGGACAGUCUCAAACCAGAGUGAAUAUUAACAUUGCCUUGGUUGAGGAUAUAAUCAACUUGGAAGAGGUGGAUGAAGAAAUGAAGUCUGUGAUAGAAGCACUGAAGGAUAAUUUCAAUAAGACUCUCAAUAUAAGGACCUCACCAGGAUCCCUUGAUCACAUUACUGUGGUAACUGCUGAUGGGAAGCUUACUUUAAACCAGAUUAGCCAGAUCUCCAUGAAGUCACCACAGUUGAUUUUGGUGAAUAUGGCCAGCUUCCCAGAGUGUACAGCUGCAGCUAUCAAGGCUAUAAGAGAAAGUGGAAUGAAUCUGAACCCAGAAGUGGAAGGGACACUAAUUCGGGUACCCAUUCCCAUAGUAACCAGGGAGCACAGGGAAAUGCUGGUGAAACUAGCCAAACAGAAUACCAACAAGGCAAAGGACUCUUUACGGAGGGUUCGCACCAAUGCGAUGAAUAAGCUGAAGAAAUCAAAGGACAAGACCUCGGAAGAUACCAUUAGGCUCAUAGAGAAGCAGAUCAGCCAAAUGGCCGAUGACACAGUUGCAGAGAUAGACAGGCAUCUGGCAGUGAAGACCAAAGAACUCCUUGGAUGAAAGUCCAUCAGAGCCCAGCCACACUCCAACCUGUUUCUGAUGGAUCCCAUAGGUGGAAAGUUGGCACCUCCUACCCCAUCCCCACCCACUUGAAGUUUGUUGCUGUGGUGUCAGUUCAGGCAAGGCUCUGCCGUCCAUUGGGACACUCAGAUUUGCUCAUUCUCUUCCUCCUUCCACCUGCUUAUUCUACUCUGAGUCUUCUGGCAUGGUUACCCUCAGAGAACAUCUGCUGCUGGAAGAGGGUCUUUACUGGGGCAUUUGCCUUGACCAUGAUGUCGCCAAGACAUGGGGAUCAUUGGCAGGCUUUGCACUACCUGCUCCUCAUCUCAGGAGCCUCCUUUUUUAAACAGUAAGUCAGGCCCUAUUUCUAAUUUUAAACUCUGUUCAGACAGAUGUGGGCCUUCCACUGUGACUGAACCCCUUUGCUAGAGGCCCAUUUCCACAAAAUGAUAAAAUCUAAAUAAGUUGGAAAGAAUAAUAGCUACAGAGGACAGAGUCAAUUGGGGUGGAUGAUCUCUAAGUACCUGUAUUUAGAGCAACAAGAAAGUGCUUUAGCUCUGUAUCAACUUCAUGCAUGCUCCAUCUCUGCCUGGACCACUUCUCUACUCCUUACCAACAGGCCAGGCCUUUUCACCUUUCUUAUCAGGUCCUCUGGGAACCCUUCCUUUACCCUCUAUCCUAAAACCUCCAGUAUUGACCCUCAGUUCAAUCUAACGCUUUUAUUUUAAGCCUAAGUAUUGUUAUUAUUUUGCCAAUUAGAUUGUGACUGGCAUAAUACCUGGAACAUAGAAGACAUUCUUAUUUUUGCAUUGUGAAUAAAUUGCACAUAGUAGCUACCUAACAAAUGCUGGUUUCUUCUCUUUCUGAUCUUAACAGUCUUUCUGUCAUUUUCCACUCUUAUCCUUAUUAUCGAUAUUCACUGUAAUCAGAUGCCCAGGGCCUACUGCCUGUUGUUGAUAGACAUGUGGUUUAUUUUGGCCCAUCCUUGGGUGCUGGGUUAACUCCCACCCCCAAUUAUUUUUUCAUUCAUUCAUUCAUGCAUUCAAAAUAUAGCCAUUGUGAGCUAGACUCAGCUUUAUAGUGCAUAGUAAACUUGACAGAUAUAUAUUACCUCCAUUUAAAUAAGAAAAUUGGAGCUGGCCUCUGUGGCACAUGCCUGCAGUCCUAGCUACUGGGGAGGCUGAGGCAGGAGGACAGCAAGUUUGAGGCCAGCCUCUGCAACUAAGCAAGUCCUGUUUUAAAAUAAAAAUUUAAAAGGUCUGAGGAUAUCGCUCAGUGGUAAAGUGUCCCUGGGUUCAGUCCUUAGUAUCCUGCCCCCACAGAAUAGCAAACAAAGAUGUUAUGUUAGGCAACUGAUCCUCCCAAAGUAACAAGGCUGGAAGGUGGUAGAGGGUUUUUAUUAUUUAUAGUCAGUCUCAUUUUACAAAGGUAAAGUUUCUUGCCCAGAUUAACACAGCUAGCAAGUGACAAAGCUGGGAUUCAUAUUGAGUCCUGAUUCUAAAGUCUUUUCUGCUCACUAAUGGCAGAGUAAAAAAAAACACUGCUUUUUCCUACUCUCUCACACUCUAAAUGUGGAUCACUUCUGUGACAAGACAUGUGAGGCCUCCCCCACAUGCCAGGCAGUUCUCCAGUGGCCACCAACUGGAUAUCUUAUGCUGUAAUUCAGUUCUGACCCUACCUACCUGGAGACAGUGUCAGAUCCCAUAGGUUAAGGGACCGACCCCACAAAACUGCCCCCAAUUCAAUGCCAAUCACAAGUCUGGGGCUACAAACUGAUUUCCCAACCCUCUCCUUUGAUUCAGUUAAUUGGCUAGGAUGGCAUACAGAACUAAGGGAAACAUAUUUACUGGUUUAUAAUUAAGGAUGUAGGUGAGCAGCCAAAUGCAAGAGGUGCAUGGGGCAGGUAUGGGAAUAGGGGUGUUACACUGAGCUUCCAUGGCCUCUGGACAAGCCAUCUUCUCACACCUCCUGGUGUUCAACCUCCCAGAAGAUGCCACAACCUCCUACUGCCCGUGCAAAUAUUUAGUGAGCAUCAAUUGUAUAUCAGGUACUGUCCUUUGUGCCAGGAAUUUAAAAAUGUGCAAGAUGUGACCCACGUUCAAGUGGUAGCUAGUAGAUUAAGCUAAAUUGCUGUUCAGCCAGGUAUCUGCCUUCAGAUUGGAGCUACUUGGGCGGCAUCAGGCCCUGGCUGAGUUUCUCUGAUGCAAUAUCUCUUUACUUGACUCCUCCAGGCUGGGUCCUCUGCUAUAGGUAAGAAGGUUAUGCUGUUUCCUCUGCGAAUCCUGGUGGAAACUGCUUUGAAAUAGCCCGUGAGGAUUCAAGGUCAGGCUUAGGUCAAGGGUGAAAGGAACUAACAUAAUCUGCCAGAUUUACCUGUCCUCGCAUCUCCUUCACCACUCCUUGGUGGCCAUCACAGGAUUGAUUGAAGAACAGGACUAGAGCAAAGGAGCCCCUUUGGGGGCAAGCCACAUUUUGCAGGGGCUUUGCAGCAGUCUUUCAUGAGUGGCCGAAAUCCCCCACUCACUGCAAAUGUGCUUCUCAAAGAUGCAGGAUUUUUUAAUAAACAGAGGAAAUGAUAAAUUAUGUUGUAACUCCACUCCAAAGGCAUUUGGUUCUUAACAGCCAAAUCCUCUGUAGUCUUUAAAUAAACAAAAACUUAUUUGGUGAACAGACCAGGGAGGAAAGAAUGAAAGAUUUUCUGUGCUUGGGUUCCACAUGUCAACAAUUUCUCUCCUGUGUGUAUGUUGGCCAAAGCCGUAUAUCAUGAUAAAUGAAUAAAGGAAAGUCUCAAGCCCAGGGCAGUCAGACAGCUCAGCAAAUGGCUUUCAGCUGAUUGCUCCAUUUCAAUUGACAUUUAUCAAAGAGUUUCUCUGUUGCUCUGGGUGUCAGGGCUGCAGUGGUGGCAGGGAUGAGAGGGAAACUACCUGCUUGGAUGUGCUGAGUAAUGAGGAUACUUUAGUGGUCUAUCCCCCUUGCCUCCUGCAGGUUCCAUCUCUAAGGUAAAAGCUGGGUAUGGAAAUUCGCACACUUGCCAGAAGAAUUAACCACCUCCUCUGUUCAUUUCAUCAACUUUCAAAGUCCCAUUAAAAAAAAAAAAAAAAUAGGCCAAAGAGCUUUUUUUUCCACUUUUUUCUUCACAUGUGUGUGAGAUUUCAAAAGAAACAAAUAUAAAAAAUUAAAAACAAAAUUUCUCACAACUUUUUCAGGUUUACCCCCCCUUUAAAAUCAGGUAUGUAUCCUUCCAGACCUUUCUUUGUACAUAUAUAAUUUUUUUAAAGGAGGGAGAGGAACUCUUCUGUUCAUAUUCUGAACAGAAUAAUAGUAAUCAUGUCCAUCUAUCCAUGUUUGCACAUACGGAAUCCAUUCUUUACUUGCAAGGCAGCAUUUUAUAAUAGGGACCUACUAUCAUUCUUGUCUAUAAUAUUAUUUAAUAAUCAAGUACACUGGAGAAUGUUUCUAUUUACAGAUUUUUUUUUUAAUGAAAAAAACUCCUCAAAUAAUUUGAUAGGUUCUGCUCUUCCUUCAGACUAACAUUGAAUACCCUCUUUGGACUACAUGUAGACCCUUUACAUGUGUUACUAUCUUUAAACUUACCCUAGUUGAUGGAGAUACUACAAUUUUCUCUGUUACAUAUGAGAAAACUGAAGUUCAGAAAGGGAAUACUUGCCUACGGUCACAUAGCUAGGAAGGACUAGAAUAAAAUCUCAAACCCAAGUCUAACUUGGAUGCGAGUCCUUAAUUGAAGUGCUUCACUGAUUGCUUGCUCAAAUAUGGGUAGUACUGUUUGGGGCCUGGAAGGUGAUGUAAGAGAAGCAGACGUCUGUCUUUAUAAAACAAUUAGAAAGCUAUUGCUGAUAAUAGCAUGAUAAAAUAGGAGAGUAUCUGGCACAUAGUAAGCACUGAAGAAGUGGCAUCUGUAUUCUUAACCCUCUCCUGGCCGGUCAUCAGAGUUCUCUAAAGUGCCAGAGAACCAGGGAGUGAGCAAAUGAUCAUGAAGUAGUGAAUAAUGAUAGUAUUGACAGAAUGGAUAACUAAUACUUGGUUGAUGCUUUUUAGUUUUCAAUGUGCUUUUCUAUAACCUUUAUUCCAUUGAAACUAUUGAGAGUGCAGUUAGGAAAAGAUUAUGAUCAAUAAAAGCUCAUACCCUGAAAAGCCCCUUAUUGAGGCUUUCUUUGUCCUAAUAGGUGGUUACUUUUCAUGUUAGUCUCUUGAAAAGGAAUAUUUUCUGUUUGGGAGGUACGCAUUUUUCUAUACAUACAGGAAAUAUGGUUUAUGUUGCUCAGUUUUUCUGUAUCUAUAUUUUUUAACCCUUUGAUGAGUCUGGACUGGAAGUCAUGUAUUUCAGUCUUCUGUUACUAACAUUUCUGUUUCUUCUUGCUUUUCUAGUAAUUUCUGCUUGAUGAAAGUGAGAAAGUGUUGUUUUCAUGCAUAGCUAGACUCCAAACUCUCACAUCUUUAUUUUGUGCACAGAGUAUGAAUUCUCUCUCAUUAUAUACCAAGAUCACAGCUCUUGCUUGCUUUCUGUUUCAUUUGCAUGGUGUAUCUUUCCCCAUUUCUUUAUUUUUAGCCUUUGAGAUGCACUAUGUUUUGGGUAUGUUUCUUUUUUAGAGUUGGUUUCUGUUCUAGGAACCAUUCUGAAACUCUCUUUAUUCUUAUUAUUGUUAUUCAUGGUAAAAUACAUAUAAUUUUCACCAUCUUUUAGCCAUUUUAAAGCACACAGUUCAGUAGUAUUAGGUGAAUUCACAUUGUAAGUCAACCUCCAGAGCACUUGUCCCUUGCAGAACUCAGACUCUUCCCCCAUUGAAUGCUAAUCAACCACUUCCUCCUCUUCCAGGGCCUGGCACCACCAUUCUGCCUUCUGUCUGUGAUUUGACUACUCUAAGAACUUUCUUUUUUGAUUGGCUUAUUUCACUUAGCAUAAUUAUGUCCUCAAGAUACAUCCAUGUUGUAGCAUGUGUCAGAAUUUCUUUUUCUUUAAGGCUGAGUAAUAUUCUAGUGUCUGUAUACAGGAAGCUCCUUUUAGUGGUGACUUAAACUCAUGUACAUUUAUUGAUAAUACUGAUUUUAGAGAAGCCAUUUACUCUUCUCUUUAUAAUUCACUGUUAACACUAAGUGAUUUGGAGUCUUGACCUUCUGCAGAUUAGGUUAAUUCUGCAUAGGAGUUGAGUUUUCAUUGAAUGAACAAAUAAGUGAAAAUCCCUAUAUUGUAUUCCAUUUUUCUAGACUCUCCUUUAAUCUAUCAUAUGCUGUUAAUUACAGCAACUUGAAACUUACCUCUUAUCCUGUUAUUCCUCUGCUCCAAAACCUUUGAUAGCUCCACGUUGCCUACAAAUUGUGUAACUUCACCCUGGCAUUCAGUGACUUCUGUAACCUGGCCCUGAUGUACCUCUCACGCCACCUUGAUAACAACCAGUGCUUAAGCUAAAUCAAAUUAUUAGCUUUUCUGAAACUAUGUACUCCUCUCUCCCACCUCCUAGCCUUUCCUUGGACUUUUUUCUUUGUCUAGUAUGUGUCCCUUAAAUCCCUGCCCCAUCCCAUGGCAAAACUUACCUAGAUUUGAAAGCCCUCUUAGUUCCUGUCCUUCCUUGCACCAACUCAUUCCUUCAUUCGCUAUAUUUCUCCUGCUCCCUUGACCCGCACUUGCCUCAGAAGUGUGACACUCGGCCCCAGCUAGCCCUGCUUGGAAUACAGCCUGGCCUGCUUGCCCUUGCUUCCUUCUCAGGGUCAGAGCCACCACCCACUCAGGUCUCGGACCAGGAUGUUGGGAACCACUUUUGCCUCCCUCUCCCUCACCCCCUGACACCACAUCCAGUAAGUCACCUGUCCUGUUAUUCUUCUUUGAGGUACUUCUACUUUCCUUUCCAGUGUUGCUUAGCAGGGCACAGAUGUGGCACAUGUCCCAGGCAGGCUUUGCCUGGGCUCUGAGCUCAGGGGCCCGCCCCGCUCAGAGGCAGAUUUCUCUAGAUGAGCCCUGUGUAAGUUUCUAGCAAGGAAGUUUCCUGCUCCUCUAGUCUUUACAUCCCUGACCAGCCCAGUGCUUAGUUCUGAGCAGGUAUGGAGGAAAUAUUGGUCUGAUUCUAAUGAGCCUGCCAGAGCUUGAGGACAAAUGGGUCACAUUUAUAUCAGUUACCCAGUUUCUCUAGUUCUCUGACCUGCUUGCUCAGACCUUCUACCUUAUCUGCUAAGUCUACCUUGGGAGUUUCCAGACAGCUGCUGAAGGUACCACCUGGAGACCACAGUUGCUGGCACCUACCCAGGCUCCUGGUGCUGGAUCUGCAGCCAGGAUUGCCACUUGAGGGAGUGUCACUUUGGCUGCUGCUCAGUGCGUCGGUGGCUAUGGCACGGUGCUACCUGCUGGGCUUAGAGUGCCUGAGCCUGCUGGGUGGGAUCCCUGCAGAGGCAGGGACACGGUCUUUGCCCUCAUCCCAUUCCUGCCUUGGACUCUGGGGUUCCCAGGCAGCCUUGCUGGGCUUCAGAACUCCUCAGAUCUCCCAGUACAGCAGCUCCUCCCCGGGCUGACCACUACUCCGGAUGUGAACUUCCAGCUGGCCCGGGUCCCAGGCAGAGCACCAGUCCCUCCCGCUCUUCUUUCCAGGCUCUGGCUUCAACCAAAAUAGCUCCCUUUUCUGAGAUACUGCUCCACAGUCCCCUCCUUCCAGAUACAAAUAGCAUCUAACAAGCACUAGACUUGACUGUUGGUAACUCUAGAAACUAGUAGUUAUUUUGCUUAUUUUGCAAAUGAGGACAAAGACACAGAGAAGUUACUUGGUCAAAGGCAUACAGGGAGUCUGGUCUAGGCGGUUUCAUAAAUUAAGAGACCAGUGGGGCUGAAAAGGGUCGUGUGAGAUGCUGAGUGGGUACCAAGAGUUUCCAGGUACUUUCCCAGUUUUGUUCUUUCUACCACCAGUAAAGGUCACAUCAUUUUUCUGUGGGAAUGUACCAGGGAGGGGAUUGAACAGGAUCAGUGGUUUCCAACUGAGCCAGAGAAACUACUGGUUUCUGACGACAACUCACCUUUAUGGGAUAAAAUCAGUAAAAUAAAAACAAUGUGGUAAAUGUUUUAAUGAAAUUAAAUUUAUGAACUUUGUCUAAAUUUAAUUUAAAAUUAAUAUUAAGGACUAUUGUGUAUACCUAGACCUUGUUCUUCCUGCUUUUAUUUUUGGUGUUAAAAUGCUCUUUCCAUUAUGAAAUGAUAAGAAGUUGGUGAUCUUAAAAAAAAGAAAACU